AUCUGUAAGAUAUUUCCAGCAGAAAAUAUUGCAUUUAGAAUUCAUUUCUUUAAUAAAUAUAUUCAGAGAAAAAUGACAUUUACAACAUUAUGGUAUUGUAUGCUUCAUAAUGAAGAUUGAGUCAAAUUGGAUGUAAAUCAUGGACAAGAAUAAUUUUUCAUUUUUGCCACUUUCAUCAAAAGAAGAUUGUUUAGAAGAUGUUGAAAGAAAAAUUUGUAAUGCAAUAAAUGUAAGAAGGAAAUUAGAUGUAUUAAAAAAUGUGAAUGAUGAAAAUUUUAAUCAGGUAGAAGAAAGCAUCUGUGGAAACUUUAAUAAACUGAGAAAGCUUCUAAAUGAAAGAGAAGAUAUACUACUUAAAAAAUUAAAAAAGUAUUUGCAUCAAAAUCAUGCUAUGAUUAAAAAGGAAGAGGAUAAAAUCAAUGACAAAUUGAAAUUUUUGUAUAAUUGUCAGAAAGGUUUAGAAAAUAAUGAAAUAAUUUCUAUGGAAUAUGAUACAUUCUGUGAAGAAUAUGGAAGUUGUUUGGCUGUUCCCAGGUAUCAGUUAAGCAUUAAGGAGCAUUUGAAAUCUGAAAUUAAGAAAUGUGGAAGUUUGAGGCCAUUUGAUAUACUUUUACUGAAUGUUGAUGUGUUAGAUGAUGAUGAUGAUUUUGCUGAUAUAAAUUGUGCAGAGUACAGAUUUAAAAAUCAGAGUGAAUUUGAAGACGCAGAAAUAAUAGACACAAAUUCAGUGUCAAGCAGUUCGUCAUCAUCUGCCGUUGUCAUAUUUCCACAAGAUGAAAAGAAUGUUACUUUAGAAAAAAAUGAGGGGAUUUAUGACAGCGUGCUUCCGACAGAGCUUCCUUUUCUUAAACACGAAGAAUUACACGAGAAACUUCGAAGUAAACUUCUCAAAAUGACAGAAUUUGACGACGAUAAAAAUUCCCGGAAGGAGAGUGGCGAUUCCUCUGUUCAAUCCAUCUCUUUGGGCAAGGAUUUAUUUUCUCAUUUGAGAGAAAAAGGAGAAGACAACGAAGUGACACCAAAAGGGUCGGUGGACGUUUCAUCUUUGGCGGAUAGGUUAAGAAAGCACUGCUGCCCCGACAAAAAUCAAAAUGGAGAAGUCAAAGAGGAGGAGGCAGGUGUUACCCUAACUGGAUCCAAUGAUUAUAUUCUCAGUCUGAAUGCGCGUAUUAAAAAUAUACUUGGUAAUGUUAAGACUUGCAGAAAGGAAUGCUUGGCCCAGAGAGAAAUUGAUACAUUUUGCAGCAAAAUUCAUAUAAUGUCAUAAAAUUAGAUUUUAAUUCUAUUUAGUUUAUAUAUAAAAUAUAUAAAAGAAAUGCUAUAUUUAAAUAUAAUUUUGAUAGCUAUAUUAUUCUAUAUAUAGAAAUAAGUAAAGGCUCAAAUAUGAACAUUAAUAUUGAAACUUUA